AUGACCAAAGGCAAUAGAGCUGAGUGGGAUUGCACCAUGCUGUUUUAUGCCAUUCUUUUUUCCGAUUGCAUCCAUAGUCUCAAUCCAGUCGUCUGGUCAAAUGUGGAUAAACUCAGGCUGUUUCGGAACGAAGAGUUCGCUCAUAUUGCACGAGGUCGCCUCUCAGACGUAGAGUUUCAAAAUGCCAUCAGCAAAGUGGAAAAUGCAUUUUUAGCUCUCGGUCUUUCUACUGUGAAAAUUCAAGACGUAAAAACCCAAACGUGUUUUCCCACAGAGCAGUUGAUACAUGUUUUGAAGAAGGUGGACGACCUCAAGCAGGAAGUUCAGGAAAAAGAAAAAGAAGUUCAGGAAAAAGAGAGAGAAGUUCGGGAGAAAGAAAAAAUCUUCAAGAAAAAGAGAAAGCAAUUCAGGAAAACAACAAGAAAUUGCAGGAGAAAGGAAAGGAACUUCAGCAAAAAGAACAACAAAGGAAGACCCUUGAAGAACAGUUAAACAGCGAGGCUUCUUCAUUUUGCAUUCUUCCUCCUAAGCCUUCUCAUGAUGUCGCAAAUCGAGAUUCCGAUGUAUCUAAGAUAAUUGAACAGUUAAAAGCGCUGAAAAAUUCCACGGGAUUAAGUUACUUGUACUUAUCUGGAAACCCUGGAAGUGGUAAAUCGCAGAUUGCCUCACUUGUAGCCAACAAUUUCUUUGACGAGGUCAAAGGAAGUACAUCGUUUGUAAUGACACUAAAUGCUGAAAACUCUAAAACACUUAUGGAAUCGUACGCCACUUUCGCUCGACAUCUGAAGUGCCCAGAAUACGCUGUUACUAACACACUUAUCUCCAAAGAUUUGAGUACUGAUGAGAAGAUCAGGAGUCUAAGGACACUGAUCAGCACGAAAAUCGAGCUGUACUCAUCGUGGCUACUGAUAGUUGAUAACGUCACCAACAUGUCUCAUCUGGAUGGUAAUUUACCUGAUCCAGGAAAUGGGCAGUGCGCAAAGGGCCAGUUGUUGAUAACAACACAGGACACCGCGUCUAUCCCGCCGUCAGGCUCAUUUAUUCAACACAUCCCAGUCAGCAAAGGUAUGGAGCCUCAUGAAGCCGGCUCUCUGUUGGAAAUGCUUUCUGGUUUUAAUGACCCAGAAAUGGAAAAAGAGGUUGCUCGUGUAUUAGACUACCAACCACUUGCCCCGGCAAGCGCUGCCACCUAUGUGAGAGAAGUAAGAAAGAACAAAUUAACUCCCAAUUUUGGCUGGGAUGACUUUCUAAAGAAAUUGGAUCAAGGGAAGAGAAGUACAACAGAAGCCAUGCUCUCUGGAAGUAACCCAAGUUACAAAAAGUCCAUGACUGCAGCCACAACACUUGCUGUUAAGAAGACUAUCACAAUGGAUAAAGUUUUAGAGCACACUUUUCAUUUUCUUUCUGUCUGUGCACCACAUCCUUUGAGUUUAGAGAUUGUUGUAAAUUAUAUUACCAAAGUGAAUGAAGAGCUUAAAGAUCCUGAGAUACUUGCUACGAGAAUCUGCAAAUGCUCUUUGCUGUUAUUUGAAGAGGAUGACAGCGGCGUCUACAUGCGAGUGCACCAGAUUGUUCAUGACGUCAUUAAUGCUGUCAUGAAAAAUUUUGCCGAAAACAAAGAGCUUGAAGCCGUUGAUGGGGUUAUACUGUCAUUCUACCAAGUUAUAGGUCAUGCCCUGGUUGAGGAUGACUCACAUACUCUUAUCAGAACCAAGAACAUUGUUCCUCAUUUAGUCACAUUGAGCGAGAUAAUCGAUGGUCUCUUUUCAGAAGAGGGUAUAACUGACGCUAUAAAAGCCGGAUUAUCCACUCCUUAUGACUACCGGAACUAUUUCCAAACUCUUGGUCACACCUGCCAAAAACACUGUGAAUUCCGAUCAGCAUUAAGGUACUUCAACGCAACGUUGAGACUAACUCAAUGUGACGACGUGUUUGGUGACGAAGACAUUGUAAACGCAUAUGGUUACAUAGGUACUGCGCACCAUGCCCUUGGUCACCUGCAGCAGGCGAAAGAAUGUCAUGAUCGUGCACUUACCACUUGUCUGAAAAAGCUCGGACCUGAACAUAUCGAAGUGGCAUACGGUUACGAUAAUCUGGGUGCUGUGCAUCAUGACCUUGGCGACCUGCAGCAGGCAAAAAAAAGUCACGAUCGUGCACUGACCAUUCGUCUGAAAAGGCUCGGACCUGAACAUGUCGAUGUGGCAUAUAGUUACAACAAUCUGGGUACUGUACACUACGCCCUUGGUGACCUGUUGCAAGCAAAAGAAUGUCAUGAUCGUGCACUUACCAUUCGUCUGAGAAAGCUUGUACCCGAACAUGUCAAUGUGGCAUAUAGCUACAAUAAUCUGGGUGCUGUGCAUCAUGAUCUUGGUGACCUGCUGCAGGCAAAAUAA